GUGAUGGCAUUGUGACCAGAGACAUGUACUGGGACCUGAACGCAUCCUUCUACAUCUCCGGGGCUCCCUACGCGGACGUGAAAAAAGCUGUGGAACGCGCUAAGUCGUCCACGAAGAGAAAAGACAGGAGCGAUGAUCAUAUUCGCAAGCUUGUACUUCCCCCGUGGGCAGCUCACGAUGAGCCAGUUCAUCCUGACAUAGCAGCGCAAGCUACAGGACCCGAGGAGAAGUGGGACAGCAAGGAAAUCCAGCAUGCCGGCGCAUGGGGUGGCAGCUGCCUGGGCUACGAAAGGAUUAUGGAAAGACGUGACGCACUGCGCAACAAGUUCUUUAAGGCCUGGGAGAAAGCUGGCCUGGAUGUCCUCCUGUGUCCAGUUUAUCCAACUCCUGCUCCGCACGUUGAGGAG